CUGAUAUUUCUUUCUUAAACUGGCUUCUUGCAGGUCAGUCAGCAUGUGAACUCCAGUAGAUCGUUUUGCUCAGGCUUGCUUCCGUGUGGCCGAGAACCUUCAUCAAUCGACAAACCAAGCAAUAAUGAAUAUGGUGCGACAGUCUCUCGAGGGCAUUUCUCCCCAAUAUUGGACCUGGGAGCGGGCGUUGACUGCGGUCAUCUCUAUUUCGCUUCUCGUCUUCUGCCUGUCCAUCUCCUACGGAUCUCUCCGCAAACCCGAAGUCGUCAUCGACCAAACAACCGGCAAAGAGCUGAAGCGCCCUUCCACUCUUCCAUCCUCGGCCACAGCAUCUGAGUCUGCGCGAUGGACACCAGCUGAUGCUCGCCGCAGCGUAAAACAUCCUCAAUCCCAGCAAAGCAUCACUGACACGGGCCCAAACAGGGCAUACAUGGACCGCCUCGUCCCCAUCCGCGUCGCAUUCCCCGGUUUCACAAACUAUAUCAUCUCCGGCCCGGAGUCCAUGUUCUCCUACUUCAGAAAAUCGCGCGACCUGUCCACCACAAGUCGCAGCUUGGUCGAUCUUGACUCCUACAUCGGAUCCGACUGGAUCGAACACCACGAUCUCAACGGAGGCGUGGAAAAGCGCGUCUUCGAGGCUACGGUCCGCGCGCUCUUCGGCGACCACAUUCUCACGGCGAACCCCACCCUCGCGGACGACUUCUGGCACUACGAUCUCUACAUCGGGCCGCUGUUCAUGGGUGCCCCGCGGUGGUGGAAUCCAGCCGCGUACAGGGCGCAAUGGGAGCCUUUCUAUGGCAGUAGGUUCAUCCGCGACAGACAGAAUCUCCUCACCAAACGCGGCAUUCUCGAUGAGACUGCUCGAGCUGCGGAGAAUUUCGCCUUCAUGUGGGCAACAAACUCCAACUCUGUCAUCGUAUCAGUGUGGUGUGUUCUAGAGAUUCUCCAAGACGUCACCUUGAAGGAGAAAGUGACCUCCCUGUUACCCUCUCUUACAACACCCCCAACCCCAGAAAUCACUACCCCCAACACCCAAAUCCCCACCUUCACCCUCCCCGUCCUAACCUCCAACCCCCUCCUCCAACCCCUUCCUCCAAUCCAUCUACGCCCCAAUUUCUCCUUCCGCGGCUACCACAUCAAGCAGGACAAAGUCCUCAGCAUCUCUACUCUUACCGAAUCCCUCGACCCCGAGAUCUGGAGUACCGGACCCACUGAGCCCCCGCAUCCCCUCAACACCUUCUGGGUGGAGCGGUUCCUCGUGAACCCCGCCGACGCAGAGAGCGGGCCUGCCAGGUCCCGGAAGGACAGGAAACGGACUGCUGGUUCGGAGCCAUAUUUCUCGCUAGAUGGGUUAGCGGGCUCAUGGAUUCCGUAUGGUGGGGGGAAGAGCUUUUGUCCCGGGAGACAUUUUGCGAAGAGGGAGAUUCUGAUGACUGCUGCGGCGGUGCUAGGGACGUUUGAGAUUGAGCUGUUGGACACAGGGAAGGAAGACAGAAGACCGGAAGGGAAUAUGCGGUAUUUUUGGGUUUGGGACCAUGCCGUUGGAUAG